AUGACAUUUCUGGAUGACUGCUACGACCAUGAGGAGGAAAGGUGGAACCCCGCAGCUACUUUGUACGAGCAGAAGAUUUUGAAUAUGUCGCUUUACAUGGAAAUCGGACAUGAGCGUGGUACUCUUGUUCAUGCGGGCUCAAAGUUCACCGAGAGGGCAUACCUGCUAACUUAUCCAUGGGAGGACGCCACAACACAGGUUGAGAUGUCUCACCUCAUAUUCGGCCGCAUCCUCACCCUCAUUUUUCCCUACUGUGCUCCACUGACUCGCAUGCCACAUCUAGCCAAGUUCUGGGUGAUUGUCCACUUUCCUUGGCAGUAG